AUGGUUACUGAUCAUACAAAUCCCUUAGCGGUGGUACUUCCUUAUACAUUCAAUUCGCAGAGUGAUUAUCCCACAGAAGUAUUGGCGAAUAGGUUUCAAGCUUGGAGGUCGAUUAUUAAGGAUUUGGUCAAUUAUCUUAAGGAAUAUGCCAGUGUUCAGGAGGAGAUUGUGAGGCAACAAAUGAGGCUUCAACAAGCGGUUGGAAUAUCACCAGGGACGAGCACAACGGUGUCGAAUACGGGGCAUGGACACGGGUCGCAUAAUAACCAUAAGGAUGACAUAAAUGCCAUCAAUAAGUUCUUUUUGCCUAUUGGGAAUGGGUCGAUACAGGACUUGCCCACGAUAUUGACGAAAUUUCAUCAACAAAAUGUCACGCAUUCGUCGAAAACGUUGAAGGACAUAACUUCUGUCAUUAUUCCCAAGUUAGAGGAAUUGAGAAAAGAUCUUCUUAUUAAGAUCAAGGAAAUUAAAAACUUACAAAAUGAUUUCAAAAAUAACUUGGGAAAGGAGAUUAAUGAAACAAAACAAGCUUUGAAUCAGUAUACUCAGGCGAUUGAAACUUCCAAUAAGCUAGAUCAUGCCGGAUUGUCCCAAGACGGAGACCAUAGCAAAAAUGAUCCGUAUCUCAUGAAGAUAAAAUUGGAUAGACAAUUAAAAAAACAAAUUUCAGAAGAAACGUAUUUGCAUGAUGCAUAUUCCAAUUUACAAACAGCAGGAGCCAAGUUAGAAUCUAUUAUUGUAUUAGAAAUCCAAAAUUAUUUAUCAAUGUUCCUAAAUUUACUAAAUACUGAGCAUUCAACGAUUCCAGAGUUUUUGUUACCAAAUUUGAACAACGGCUUUUUAUCAAAGGAAGCAGAAUUCGAAUGGAGCUCGUUCAUUUCAAGAAAUUUACCUACACCUUCAAUUUCUAUUAGUGCAUUAGGAAACAACUCGUCGAAUGUUAAAAAUGGCACCUUUGUUGAUCUUUCGUUUCCAUAUAGAAAGUUAUCUGAACUCGUAAUACCUGAGGGCAAUUCUCCAUUGAAUGUCGCAGUGAGGGAAGGCCCAUUAGAAAGACGUUCUAAGUUUUUGAAAUCCUACUCAAGUGGCUGGUAUGUUUUAACAUGUAACUAUAUUCACGAGUUUAAAACAUCAGAUCGUAAGAAGGAUAUGCAACCAGUUAUGUCAUUACUGUUAGAUGCGUGCCAAGUCAGCGAGCAUUCUAAAAAUGACGGUAAACCAGGAGGUGUCUAUAAAUUUGUCUUGCACUCUAAGCUGCUGAAUGGCAUUAUUCACAGAGGCCACAAUUGGGUUUUCAGAACGGAUACUUAUCAAAAAAUGAUUGACUGGUACACUGAUAUUAAGUCUUUGACUAACGCCAAUACCUCUUCGGCGAGAGCAAGAAUAGUUAGCAAGAAGUUCAAGUUGGAAGAAAAUCAACAUAAGAGGAUCUCAAGAACUUCAAGUAUUCUUUCAAAUGGAACUAAUGCAAAAUCAUUGAGAACUGUCACCACUAACAACUCAUCGAAAGCAGCAGGAGCUUCAAUACGUUCAAAGCAUAAGUCCCCUACAAUGUCGCAUAACAGAUUGUCAUCAACAUUUUCGAGGACUAAUAAUCAAUCUCCUAGACUAACAAAUAUGGUCAAUAGUGAUGGUACGAUGAUAGCUCCAAUUGAUGUUAAUCAGGACGUAAAAGCAUCGGCAAACCCUCAACCAUAUGCUCAGGUUUCAUCUCCACAACAGCCCACAGCGCAACCUAAUUAUCAAGCUGGCUAUUAUUAUACCAACAAUGGACAACCACUGCAAUUGUACGAUCCCGUUCAACAACAGUAUUAUACUAUAAGUCCAACUGUUCAAGGUCAACCCCAACCCCAGUAUUUUCCCGUAUCACCGCAGCAGAAUUCUCAACAGCAGUUUUUCAUCCACGCACCAACAGGAGGGGCGCAAAGUCCACUGAACCAACCACAACCACAAGGGAAACCACCAUAUUUUCCGGUGAAUACUGCAAAUUAUGGUGUAUAUCCACAACAAGGCCACGAUGAUAGAGCUGCUCCCAACAAUUUGCCGUAUCCACCACAUUUGCAGCCUCCGCCAACAAUAGAGUCCAAUCAGCAUACUGAUGAUCUGGAGUUAGAGUUUUUAAAAUCGGAUUCGACGUUGCAUCAUGAAAUGAACAAUAAAGAUGCAAGCAUUCCUUCGCAUGUGAAUGGCGAAGCAAAUUUAGCUGUUCCGGGCGCUAAUGAUCAAGAUGACAAGGAGAGUAAUAUAACUAAUGACAAGGGAAAUGAUAGUGAACUUAAUAUUCAGAGUAGCACUAAUGAAACUAGUGCCAAUGAAGUAGAAACAUUGCAAAGCAAUGGCAAGAACAAUACAUUUGAUGAAGAUUUGACAAAAGUCAUCAGCGAAGACAAGGUCAUUCCUCUUGUUCCUGAAAAUUAG